CCGACGCUUCACCGGAUGCACACUUACGAUGUUACCUAGCAACCAAACCCACCAGCUCGGCAAGCAAGUCUACACUCAGAAUCCAUUCUGUCAUAAGCCAAACAAACCUUAAAUGUUAUUACAAACAGAAACCAAUGUCUUUGCUAAAAGUUUGUGUUUUGUGUAAUUUGAAUUUUGUUUUGCUUUCAUUUCUCAGAGCAAAAUUAUCACCUAAACAAUUGCAAAAAGUUGGCUUUCUUGUUCAAACUUAUCCCAUACAACAAAGCCCUUGCAAAAUACACUUUCUCUCAGGACUAUAAUCAGUCUGAACCCAUGCUGUCACAGAAUCAGAAUGAGCAAAAGCUGAAACAGAAUUGUGUGAAUUCUGCUGCAAAACAGAGUCCAACACAAGAGAGAGUCUCAGAGGUGGACAUCCAGACAGUUGCAGCAAGGUGGUGGGGAGCAAAGAGGAUUGACUAUGCUCUGUACUGCCCAGAUGCUCUAACAGCUUUCCCAACUGUAGCCUUACCUCAUCUAUUUCAUGCAAGUUAUUGGGAGUCAACAGACGUUGUUUCAUUCCUAUUGCGACAGGUAAUGAGACAUGAAAAUGCAAGUGUUCUGGAACUGGAUGGGAAAGAGGUUUCUGUAUUUAGUCCUUCAAAACCACGUGAAAAGUGGCUUCGCAAGAGGACGCAAGUUAAAAUACGGAAUGUUACAGCGAAUCACCGUGUGAGUGAUGUUAUUGUUACUGAAGAUGGUCCUCAGACACUGACUGGGAGGUUUAUGUACGGGCCCCUAGACAUGGUUACAUUAACUGGUGAAAAGGUGGACAUUCAUAUUAUGACUCAGCCUCCUGCAGGAGAGUGGGUUUAUUUUGAUACUGAUAUUACAAACAGCAGUGGCAGGAUUUCCUACGUCAUCCCAAAGGACAAAAGACUGGGAAUUGGCGUCUAUCCAGUAAAAAUGGUGAUUAGAGGAGAUCAUACAUCUGGAGAUAGCUAUAUAACUGUUCUGCCAAAAGGAACAGAGUGCGUGGUGUUUAGUAUUGAUGGAUCAUUUGCAGCCAGUGUCUCCAUUAUGGGCAGUGAUCCCAAGGUCAGAGCUGGAGCAGUCGAUGUUGUAAGACACUGGCAGGAUCUUGGCUACUUCAUUAUAUAUGUAACAGGCCGUCCCGAUAUGCAGAAGCAAAGAGUGGUGGCUUGGCUGGCUCAGCAUAACUUCCCCCAUGGAAUCGUCUCCUUUUGUGAUGGACUUGUCCACGACCCCCUCAGGCACAAAGCCAAUUUCCUUCGCAGCCUCGUGCAAGAAGUGUCCAUGAAGAUUCAUGCAGCGUACGGAUCCACAAAAGAUAUUUCGGUUUACAGUUCUCUCGGCUUAUCACCAUCACAGAUCUACAUUGUAGGCCGCUCGUCUAAAAAGUACCAGCAGCAAUGUCAGUUUUUAUCAGAUGGGUAUGCAGCACAUCUAUCCCAGCUGGAGUAUAGCCAUCGAUCCAGUCCUCCUAAAAGUAAUUCCAGAAUGGUACUGCGCAAGGGCAGCUUCGGGCUAUCUGGGCAGACAGACUUCCUGAGGAAACGGAACCAUCUGCUGCGCACUAUCUCCAGCCACCAAACGGCAUCCACAGCCCCAAAGCCUGAGCGGACACAUAGCCAGUCUGACAAUGAGCGAGAUCGAGAUAAGGAGCGUAGUCAAAGGAGCAUGAGCAUCACUGCAGGAUGCUGGGGUCGCACAGGCAUGUCAAAACUGGAAUCUGGUGUUUAACAGAAGGUGCAAGACUCUGGGAAGAGGUGGCAAGUUGGCUUCAGGGAAAUGGGUCAACAUAACAAAUGAAAUAUCUGCUGCUGGCAUAAGCAUUGAAGCAAGCACUGCGGGUAAAAUGGGUACCAUGGUGCUAAUGAAAAGAUACUGAAGAUGUAAAUUCAUUGUAUUUGGUGUGAACUGCAGGCCUUAACAAUGCAGUGUUGCAUUUGUGGAACACUAGCUGAAAAGUUAACCUUCUUAGUCAUAGAGACAUAAUUCAAACUUUUAGACCCUGCUUAAUUCUGCAUCUUUUCUAUUCAGGGUGCGGCAAUGACUACUGUAAAUAUCCACGCCUCCUAUCCACAAUAACUUCUGAUAAGUUUAAUUCACUAGGUUUCUGUUGCUGACCUGACAUUUUCCAUAUGUUUUCUUGAAAUUCAGCAGGAACAUCAUGUAAGAUUAGCUGUGAUUUUUAAUGCAGUUUAACUUUAUUAGCUUGAUACUGUAAAACCUCAGUUUUUGCACUGAUUAAUGUUAGAUUGGAAUUCUGUUACUAUUUUGUGUCAUUGCAUCAUCCCUCUUAGUGCAUGAUAGGAACUUCACAUUAAUAUCAGAAUAAUCUUCUUGUGUGUAGGUUGUAAACUUGUGAGGAUUCAAUCCAAGGCAUCUUGCCAAAUUGCAGAUUAGAAUCAUCCACAUGGAAACGUUGGCAGUGUUUAAGAAAAACUUGGUUUGUUGAAUGACAAUAAGAAAUUUAAUAGCAUCCAGAGGAGCAGAAUCCAUUUCUGCAGUGACGAAAGAUUAAUUGUAAAUUAGAUCUUUUGCCAAACGUUCGAUAAAUACAAUUGAAGUUGGUGCUUCUGUGAUGAUCUGUUUCAGUGAUUUAGUUUAAAAGUCUGUUGACAGUUGAAUUUGCAUUGCUGCUACGCAGAGGAGAUGAGAAUCUAAUUCAAGCACAGACUGUAAUUCCCACUUGAAGCAGGAGGAAGAAUGCAGCACGUGAUUAAAAUGUGUGAUGAAAAUUCUAGUGUUGGUCUUUAGGGUUUAAAUGAUGGUCAUUUGUCAAGUGUGCACUGACCCAGAGGGUCGAGAACAAGUAGGUGUUGUAAUUUUGUAAUUACAGUGCCAGAUGGCGAUAGGUUAAAGAAAGUAUGAACAGAAGAUGUGAACAAAGAUGCUAAGUUGACAGUUCUUUUAGCUUCCAUCUGUUUUAUAGACAGAUUAAUUUUCUGUUCAUUAAGUAAGACUUUUUUUGCAUAUUCACAUUGUUAGAUUAUCUUACAAGUGCAUGACAAAUACCUUGGUUUUAUUCGAGCUGACUCAAGAAAACUACUGUUAAGUACCGGUGAUUCUCACAUGUAUAUAAAAUAUACAUCAGAAACAAAUGAGUUCUGCGUUGCUACAGAUUUUUAAUACAGUUGGUGUAAGUCAUUUGUUGAGAUCACGUUUUUAAAUAUAGGUCAACCCAUGUGCUUCCGAUAACAAAAGCUUGAGUGGUUAGGGUUGAUAGUUUAUUUUCAGUUGUCACAUUUUGGUGUGUGCAUUGUUUGUGUUGGGGUGAGGCUUGAGGGCAGAACUGAAAGUCUUUAACUAGUCUCCAGUCUUUGAAAAUACCUGACUCUUGAUUUUACUUUAAAGGAGGAGAAAGAGCUAACCUCAACAUUCCUCACAACAACACUACAGGUAAUCAGAGCAAUUCACAAAGCCAGUUCACUGAGUAGCUUCCUGAUAAUUUGUCAGGAAUAUAAAUUAUCCCUCUCUCAUCAUCGGUAUCUGCAGUUCUCACCAUCUGCAGGCCCGCCUCUACCCAGUACUACUUUUAAAAACAUUCUCCAGGAGGCAACUGAGUGAGUUUGAUGGAACUCUUCUUCCUAAACUCUAUAAUGUGUUGGGGAGGGGAGGGACCUAAUUAUGUUCAGGAUUCACUUGCACCUUUCUGUACUGCAACACUAUGUUCUUCCAAAUUGCUAUAACUGCACGUAUUUUCACCUAAAUUAAGAACUGUUCCAGAUGGGUGAAUAAGUAAUAUUUUCCUGUUAUUGAAAUGUUUGUCCAUUUAUUUAGUAUUGGAUGCUGUUACAUACAACCAUCCAGGUCGAUCUAGUUAAUCAUUAAAAGGCAAUCAGAAUGGAGAUGAUUUUUGGCAAAUCCCAAAACUCAGCACACAAGAAAGGUAAACCAUAUAACAGAUGCACCACAUAGAGGGAUGUUGGAAAUGUUCUGUAAUAAUAUGUGUGUAGAUAAUGUAAAGCAAGAUAUGUAAAUGUAGGUCUAAAUAAGGCAAGAGGUAUUUAUUUGUGUAGAUAAAUUGCAGGAGUUGACAAAUGCUUCAUAUUUUAUUAAUAUUUGAAACUUUGAAUUUUGUUUUGAACAUUAUAUAUGAAAAAUUAUUUUAUGGACCAAGAAGAAUUUUACUGCCAUUGCACAAGUGCAAUAUACAACCACUAUUCGUAAUUGGUAAUCAUGGCAUUGACAAUCAAUGUAAUGGGUGGAUUGGAAUAAGUGUGACCUUUUGGUGACUCCCAGCUAAAACAUCCAUUCUCUUCCCUCCUUUGAGAGAUAUGGAACUUGGUACCUUGAGUUUCAGAAUAUGGACCUGAUUUUUAUACUGGAAUAGAAUUUACAAUGCUAGUGUGGCAACCAAAGCUGCCAAGAUGUGCCCUACUGAAUAAACCCUGAACUGCAUGCAUUUCACAUUGGGUAAUACCUUCCUUUGCUUCCAAUUACAAACAAAACCGUUUUGUAAUUGGUUACUUUCCCUGAAUAAUUUGAGAUGUUGAUAUUUUCAUUCUGAAUCUGUUAGACCCUUGUUUUGAAGCUGCAGAAUUCCAUUGGUCCCAGAGCUGAGGCAAAUACCAAAUAUUGUUUGUGUUUAUAUUUCAAUCUGAAGCAGAGAAAUAUCUGAGGCCCUGAUCAGAAUUUACUUAAAUUUCCUCGCAUCCCUUCUCUACAAGGCAGGCACUGAUCUCAUGGUGUCACCAUGAUUUGUACGAUGCUUCGGAAGUCUGCUCUGAAUCUCCAUUAACUGUUGGAGGUGGUGGAUGUGCCUUGCUAAGAACCCAUCAGAGAUGUAUAUCCAGAUCUCCACCAUCAAACAUACGAGAUUCAAGAGGCAAUUAAUUUCUCGGCACUCCUACAUAAUGCAGUUACCAAUUUGUAAUUCUGGUUAUUGACACAAAUUAUAGCACAUAUCUCAGAAAAUCUUGUGGAAAAAUAUAAUUCCAGAUUACGAAGCCUAUUUAUUACAUUGAUAUUUUGAUUUCAGGCCGUGUAAAGUUGUAGUUGACACAGAGGGUUAAUCACAGGUUCACACGCUUGCUUUAAAAAUGCAGUUAGCUAUUCAGUGUUGACUGAUUUACUUACAGUAAACUUAGAUACAGCAUUGCUAGAGAAAUAAGUCCUCUGGCCAAAGCUCAGAAGUAAUCUCAUGCAGUCCUGAGCAAUGCAUAGUAGACAAACACAAUGGUACACGUUUCUAGUGCACUGUACAACUCACCAAAGGGUCACUAAUAAAUCCAGCUACACCCUUCACAAGCGUGUGAACACUUGGUCAUCUUGCUGUUGAAAGGUAAGACAACUUGCUGCAUUUAAGCAUUAGCUGCUGAAGCCUCACAGCCACUGUUCUGUGCAAAAUCCAUGGAUAUAUUGAUAACUUUGACAAUAAUUUUUUAUUCAGAAGUGUUUGUUAUAUUUUAUUUAUAGAAAUGUUACAUAUAAACGCAAGUUAAAUAUCACAACUGAAAACUGUGUACAAUUUGUUCAACUUGUUAAAUAGCUGAACACCCUAAAUUAAUUAAAGACUAUAUUAGAUUUAAGCUGCUGCCAUGGGUCUCCAUUCCUUAGAUAUUGGUUCAUCGUCUGUAGAGAGAGAGACCUUUUACAAUCUGUUCACUUGUAUGUAAACACUCCACACUUGCACAAAUUUCUACUUCUGGUUGCUGUCAUGCAUUGUUAUGCCUGGGUGUGCUUUUGUGGAUAAUUGUAUGUUAUAUGGAUUAAAUGAAAUUGGGACAGCGUUAAA